AUGAAGGUCUCAUUGGAAAUAAAGGACCGAAAUGGACAAAAGGGAAGCAACGGCUCUUUUGGAAGAGUCGGACAUCCAGGUGAAGAAGGAACCCCUGGUAUCAGAGGCCCCCCUGGUCUAAAUGGAACUCAAGGAUUCCCAGGAUGUGAAGGCCUCAGAGGUUUAAAGGGAGCAAGGGGUAUUCCAGGACAAAGGGGAGAAGAAGGGGAGCAGGCACUAGAUGGGAUUCAAGGACAGGAUGGUGAUAAUGGGUUGCCUGGUCAAAAUGGAGGAAAAGGAAACCCUGGAAAACCGGGCAGUCCAGGUCCAAAAGGACCUUUAGGAGAACGAGGAGAUCCUGGUUUGCGAGGAGACCCAGGAGUGCCUGGGUCUAACAAUAACAUCCGUGGCCCAACUGGUGAGAGAGGGAAGCGAGGCCUACAGGGUGAUCCAGGCAUUGACGGAGAACCUGGUUUAAAAGGCGAUCCUGGAAAAGGAGGCGUUACUGGUCGAAGGGGACCGUUGGGAAGUAAGAGUGCUAGAGGACAGCCUGGUUUGCCAGGUUCUAAGGGGGACAGAGGAAGAAGAGGCCAGCAGGGCAAGAAAGGAGUUGAAGGAGAAAAAGGGCCAGUUGGACCACCAGGAUUCAAAGGACCCCAGGGAACCCCUGGAGCUGAAGGCCCAAAGGGAAACCGUGGCAGUGCUGGAGCAAAAGGGCUAAAAGGCGAGUCUGGGAAUCCUGGUGACAAAGGUGAAGUUGGCACGCUUGGUCCUAGAGGAGUACAGGGGGAAGAUGGAAGCGAUGGAUAUGGACCUAAAGGAAAAAACGGAAAACAAGGAGAUAUAGGAUUCCCAGGAUAUACAGGACCACAGGGUAAUGAUGGUGACCCAGGUAACCCAGGAGCACGUGGCCCAAAGGGAAUUCGAGGACGAAGAGGUGAAAGUGGUCCCAAGGGUGAUCCAGGUAGUCCAGGAGACCUAGGAUAUCCGGGUCACAAGGGGCCUAGAGGACCGAAAGGAACAAUGGCAUUGACAGAAUGUGAGCUAAUCAAUUACAUUCGCCAGAAUUGCCCCUGUUCACAAGGUAAGUUUAUUUAUUUUUUAUUUGUAUUUUUUUUUUUAUUAAUUCAAAAAACAAUAUUCUUAUAUGUGAAAUUAAUAGAAGGAGCACGUGAAUGUCCAGUGUAUCCAACAGAGCUGGUGUUUGCUCUGGACAUGUCUGCUGAAGUAACCACCCAAUCGUUUACUAGAAUGAAGGAAAUGGUUCUCAGUAUUCUAGAAGAUUUGUCAUUCAGCGAAAGCAACUGUCCGACUGGAACACGUGUGUCACUUGUGUCCUACAGCUACGCCACCAAAUAUGUAAUCCGGUUCAACGACUAUCACAGAAAGAAGCAACUUUUGAAGAGCGUUAAGGAAAUUCCUCUGGAAAGGACCACAGGUAGACGAAAUAUUGGUGCUGCAAUGAAGUUUGUGGCAAGAAAUAGUUUCAAACGAAUUCGUAAGGGCACUCUGGUGCGGAAAAUGGCCAUCAUAUUUGCUGAUGGACCAUCCCAGGAUGCUGUUUCCAUCAGUACAGCAGCAAUGGAGUUCAGUGCCUUAGACAUCACACCCGUGGUCAUUGCUUUCCAGGACCUUCCAAAUAUCAAGCGUGCGUUUGCGAUUGAUGACACUGGAAGGUUUCAAUUUAUCAACAUCCCAACCAAAGAGGAUCCCAAAAUUAUGUUGGAGAACCUUAAACUGUGUUCACUUUGUUAUGAUACUUGCAAUCCAGACCCAACUUGUCUCAAAAUAAAGAACCGGCCUUCUCCUGUACAGAUGGAUAUGGACGUGGCAUUUCUUCUUGAUAGCUCACGCACCAUGAGCAGCGAUAACUUUGAAAGGUCCAAGGAGUUUCUACACUCAGUGUUGGAUCAGUUUGUUAUUACCAACCAGCCGAGAACCUCAGAUCCUGGGGCUCGGGUGGCUCUUGUCCAGCACACUUCCUCAGGAUAUACCCAGAGAGAAGAACAAAACCCUGUCAAUCUGGAGUUUGAUUUCGUUGCCUACAGCAGUAAGAAACAAAUGAAGAGACACAUCAAGGAAUCCUUGCACCAACUACAAAGCGAUUCUGGAGUUGGACAUGCGUUGGAGUGGACCAUGAACAACUUGUUUUCAAAGGUGUCAAAAGCCAGGAGCACUAAAGUUAUAUUUGCCAUAAUUGGAGGAGACACUAGUUUUUGGGACAAGAACAAGCUGGCUGAAAUAGCACUAAACGCGAAGUGUCAAGGAUUUACUAUUUUUGCAUUGACCAUUGGUGGUCCUAUCAAUGACACUGAGGUGGAACAGCUUGCUAGUUUUCCUUUUAGUCACCACUCAUGUCAGCUUGGGAAAGUUCUUGACCUGGAUAUGGAUUAUGCACUGAAGUUUACACAUGCUUUCUUCAGCCUCGUGGCAAAUAAAAUCAAUAAUUACCCUCCUAAAAUCCUUCAGAGGAAAUGUGAAAGGCUCAUUUUGCAACAAAAGCAACAAGGUGAUGAAGUGCCCAUGUCUGCACCAGAAAGUACACCUUCUAUUGAAUAUAAGGAUUUGGAAACCAAGAAUGAAAAACCCAAAGAAAAAGAAAUAAAGAAUAUAACUGCUUUGGAACUGAUGAGUAAAAUUAAUUUAAAAAAAGAUGAAGAAACAGAAUUGACAUCCCCUGCUAUAAAAUUUCGAUGUUUUCUGAAAAGGGAUCUUGGUAACCUUUGCAGAGGAUUUCAGAAGAUAAGGUGGUUUUAUAAUAAAAACACUCGUGUGUGUGUCCCAUUCUUGUAUGGAGGCUGUGCUGGUAAUGAAAACCGGUUCAUUAGUAAACAUGAGUGUCUUCAGGCAUGUGCUUCCCAAAGAAUUACCGCAGAAAACGUCAAAAGAGAGUGAGAGGUUGAAGGUAUUGGUACUAUAAGAUAAAACUACAAUGAUUACUUUUGAAGCAAUACUACUGCCUUCUUAUUUCUUUAAGCAUGUAUAAGAAAUUGUUUGUCUGCACUGCAUAGAUAAUGAGACUAUAUAUUUUAGUAUGAAAUAGGAGAAUAUACAUUUGUAAUGUAUUUUUUUUAUAAGCCUACCAAAUCACUCAAUAAUAAAAUUGCUUAUAUAGAUUAUUAAGACACGUUAUGUUAUUAUUAAAAAAAGAUGUUUCAGAUGUG